GAAGGCCGCGUUGCUACGUUUCUCUCCAGGCCUUCUCCCCGCCUCAGCCGAGCUUAACGGUUGGCCGGAGGACGCGAGGCUGCCCUUUCGUUGCGAUUGGCUUCGGCGCCGUCACUCCACCCUUCCGCCCGCCCCCCGUCUCCCCCGCCCCAUCCUCCUCCUCCUCUACAGUGUCUCUCGGCUCGCUCGCUGGCUGGGCCUGAGGCAAGAGCCGUUUCGCAGGCCGCGUGAGGGGAGGGGGCUCCGCGCUGCUGCUGCCGCCACUGCCGCCGCCUCUGCGACAGGCCGGGGUGAUGCUGGGACCCAGGACGGAGCCGGCGCGGCGCUGAGGAGGAGGCAGAGAGAUGCGCCGGCCUUCCAGCACCGCCAGCCUCCGCGGCCGCCUCCAACGGCCCUGAGCCGCCGCUUAGUAGGUAACCUAAUCCAUGGGUAAAGUUGGGAAGAUGUGGAACAGCUUCAAGUACAGAUGCCAGAAUCUCUUCAACUCUGAAGGUGGAAACAGAAGUGAAAAUGUAGAUGUAAACUCUAAUUGUUCUUCUGUUAGAGACAAAAGUGUGUUUGUUCCUGAUCCAGCUGCGCAACGACCCAGCAGCCCUUUAAGAGACGUUUCUUUACAACUGAGUCUAAACCCUUCAAAAAGCUCUGCAAGGAAAAAUCAAAACUGUGCCGCAGAAAUCCCGCAAAUUGUGGAAAUAAGCAUUGAGAGAGAGAGUGACUUGGGUGUUGGCACAGGAGCUAGACUUGCACGAAGAGAUUCCUACUCAAGGCAUGCACCGUGGGGUGGGAAAAAGAAACAUUCCUGCUCGACAAAAACCCAGAGCUCUUUGGAUAGUGAUAAAAGAUUUGGCCGUUCUCACUUGCAAAGGAGGGAGAGAAGAUACGGCGUGAGCUCUGUUCAUGACACGGACAGUGUCUCAAACAGGACCAUUGGGAGUCGCUCUCUGCGACAAAGACUUCAGGAUACUGUUGGCUUGUGUUUUCCUAUGCGAACGUACUGCAAACCAUCCAAACCUCUCUUUUCUAACAAAAGAAAGAUCCAUCUCUCUGAACUAAUGCUAGAGAAAUGUCCUUUCCCUCCUGGGUCAGAUCUGGCUCAAAAAUGGCAUCUAAUUAAGCAGCACACAGCCCCAGUGAGCCCACACUCAACUCUCUUUGAUGCAUUUGAUCCUUCCGUGGCUUCUACAGAAGAUGAAGAGGACAGGCUCAGAGAAAGACGAAGGCUCAGCAUUGAAGAAGGGGUUGACCCUCCUCCCAAUGCUCAGAUACAUACUUUUGAAGCUACUGCACAAGUUAACCCGCUAUAUAAACUGGGACCAAAGUUGGCCCCUGGCAUGUCUGAGCUGACUGGAGACGGGAGUUUGACGCCGCAGGGAAGUUGCGACCUGGAGGAAGACACGACUACUCUCUGCUUGCAGUCGCGUAGGCAAAAGCAGCGCCAGGUAUCCGGAGAGAGCCAUAGCCACACCAGCAGACAAGGAGCUUGGAAAGUACAUACUCAGAUUGAUUAUAUACACUGCCUUGUCCCAGACUUACUGCAAAUUACUGGCAAUCCUUGUUACUGGGGAGUGAUGGACCGCUACGAAGCAGAAGCACUUCUGGAAGGAAAACCCGAAGGCACUUUUUUGCUCAGGGAUUCGGCUCAAGAAGACUACCUCUUCUCUGUGAGCUUCCGCCGUUACAACCGGUCUUUGCAUGCACGCAUUGAGCAAUGGAACCACAACUUUAGUUUUGAUGCUCAUGACCCCUGCGUGUUUCACUCCUCCACUGUUACAGGGCUUCUAGAACACUACAAAGAUCCUAGUUCUUGCAUGUUUUUUGAACCUUUGCUUACAGUCUCCCUAAACAGAACUUUCCCUUUCAGCUUGCAAUAUAUCUGCCGGGCAGUAAUCUGUAGGUACACGUCGUAUGAUGGGAUUGAUUGUCUCCCUUUGCCAUCAAUGUUGCAGGACUUUCUAAAGGAAUAUCACUAUAAGCAAAAGGUCCGAGUGCGAUGGUUGGAGCGGGAACCAAUAAAGGCAAAGUGAACA